AUGAGCACGAGCCGUCUGGAUGUUCCCGGGGAGAAGGAGCAGCUCCUCCCGCCCGAGGGAGAGUUGAGGAAGAGCAGCUCGUCCCGGUUUCAGGUGUCCCCAGCCGCGGAAAGUGAUGAGGAAGACACCCGACGCGUGAAAAGCGUCUCCGAGCCGCCACAGCCAUCAGAAACCCUAGAGCGGAAGACGUCAGUGUCGACUGGGAGGUUUACGGUAAAUGGCACCGAUGAAACGGCAGAAGAAGAACCCCACGACGAGCACGACGAGACCCUAGAUUCGGCCGAGCCGGUCGGACGUCGAAAUGUCCAUUUCAACGUGGGAGGAGGAGCUGCUGGGGAGGAAGAGCGGAAGACGACGGAUACGGUGCACGAGGGGCAGCACACGUUGAAUCAGAAGAGCUGGAGAAACAUUGCUACCCUCGAGCACCCGCCAAUCAUCGAUUUCUACCGUGAUUCCAUCGAUGCCGUCGACGUCAAUAGGCCCUCGAUGGCGCAGCUGAUCCAUGGUCAUGGAGAGCAGCCGAUCCACGAGGAGAGCCUGGAAAUUGAUCAGUUUAAAGAAGAAGCUCUUCACGUCCUCGACCAACAUCCGCCUAUUGACGAGCCCGGCAGGGAGGAGGACAAGGAGAAAAUCGAGAAGUUGAAGGCACCAGAUCAAGGAGCGGGCAGAAAAAAGUUCGGUUGGAUCGAGGGCGUCUUCGUUCGGUGCUUGCUGAGCAUCUUCGGCGUCAUCCUGUACCUCCGUAUCUCCUGGGUCACCGGACAGGCCGGAAUUGUCCUCGGAAUCCUGAUCGUGCUCCUCUCCACCCUCGUGACAGUCAUCACAGCAAUCUCAACAUGUGCCAUCUGCACCAAUGGAGAAGUGAAAGGGGGCGGCGCCUAUUUUCUGAUCUCCCGCUCACUUGGGCCGGAGUAUGGAGGAGCUAUCGGGCUGAUCUUCACCCUAGCUAAUGGCGUGGGGUCUGCCAUGUACAUGGUGGGGCUGGCAGAGACCAUUAGGGAUUUGCUGGCUGAGCACGCGCUGACGAGUCCGCCGGUGCAGGAAUUUUUGGAUAUGUUGAGCGAGCUCAACUUCAUCCGAAUCGUCGCCAUGCUGUUCCUCCUCACCAUGGUUGCCGUCAUCUUCAUCGGCACCUCCUUCGAGUCAAAGAUCCAGAUGGGGCUCCUCGUGCUCCUUCUGGCCUCCAUUGUCGACUACUUUGCCGGGGCCUUGAUCCUGGAGCCUACGAUGCACACCAAAGUGCGAGGAGCAACAGCUUUGAGCAUGCGAACCUUCCUGGCAAAUCUCACGCCUCAAUUCGGGGAGAAGGAGAACUUCUUCACCGUGUUUGCCAUCUACUUCCCGGCCGCUACUGGAAUUAUGGCUGGGGCGAACAUUUCGGGAGAUUUGGCGAAUCCGCAGAAAGCCAUCCCUCUCGGCACCCUCCUGGCCAUCCUCGCCACCACGAUCGUCUACAUCUUCAUCGUCAUCUUCACCGGGUCCACGAACGUGCGCCAUGCUGACGGUAUUCUGGAGCCGAUGUGGGACGCCGUCGGGUUUUUCGUCCCUCCAAACUGCACGAUCGAAGAGGGAGGCUGUAAAUAUGGGCUCCUCAACUUUUAUCAGGUGAUUGAGAUGCAAGCCCUUUUCGGGCCUCUCAUCACUGCCGGAAUCUUCGCUGCCACGCUGUCCAGUGCUCUCGGAAGUUUAGUAGCGGCUCCGAAGAUUUUCCAGGCCGUCUGCAAGGAUCGCCUCUUCCCGGGCAUCGACUACUUUGGCAAGGGCUUCGGGCGUGAUGAAGAGCCACGAAGAGCUUAUGCUCUCGUAGCCGUGCUCGCUCUACUCGUCAUCCUUGUCGGCGACCUCAACGCCAUCGCCCCGAUCAUCUCCAACUUCUUCCUGGCCUCGUACGCCAUUUUGAACUACGCCUGCUUCGAUCAAUCAUUCGCCGACUCACCAGGCUUCCGCCCCGGCUUCAAAUACUACAACAAGUGGGUCUCCCUCGCCGGCUCCAUCCUGUGCGUCGUCGUCAUGUUCAUCGUCAGCUGGAUCACCGCCCUGCUGACGUUUUUCUUCUUCGCGCUGAUCUUUAUCUACCUGUGGCACCGGAAACCAGAUGUGAAUUGGGGCUCAUCCACUCAAGCUCACAGCUAUCGUAACGCGCUGGCCGGGAUGGUGAAGCUGGCUAACACGGAGGAGCACGUCAAAAAUUACAGACCCCAGCUCCUCGUCCUGACCGGAAACCCGGCUUCCCGGCCCUCACUUGUCGAUUUUGUCGGCAAUAUCACGAAGGGAAACUCCUUGAUGGUCUGCGGCUACGUCGUGCCUUACGCCCCCACCGAUCGUGUGCUGUCCGUCUUGAGGAAGUUGGACAGGCAGUUGACGGACUGGCUGCGGAAGAAGAAGACCAAGUCCUUCUACACGUCCAUUGCGGAUCCGUCGAUGCGGCAGGGCGUUCGAGCGCUGUAUCAGACUGCUGGCCUUGGAAAAUUGAGGCCAAACAUCGUAAUCCUCGGCUACAAGGGCAACUGGGUGGACAAGGAGCCGACGGAGAAGAUGAUCGGCGAGAUGAGCGAGUAUUUUGGCAUUAUUCAAGACGCCUUCGACUACCGUAUGGGCGUCGGAGUGUUGCGGAAUUGCAACAAUUCCGGUCUGGACUUCUCGGAGAACCUCAGGAUUCUAAAUGGUCAUCACGAUGGGAAGAAGAAGGAAGCGAUUGGGCCCGUUAAGGAUAGUAAUCCACAAGUCAACUCCGGCCGUUCGGAUGCGUCGUUUGAUAUCCUGAAGGAAAAGGACAAGCUGGCGGAUAUUGAAAAGGGCCGACUCUCCGAUAACGAGGAAAAAGCUGCCGACGAAGACGACGCGCUCUCUACAGUACCCCAAAUGGCGCCGUCGCGGAGCGCCCGGUCGAUGGAGACCUUCAUGAGGGAGGGCAUGAAGGUGGCCGAGGCCACCGGAUCGUUUGCCGAGAAUUUCCCGUUCGAUUUCGACCUAGACGACUCCGAAGCAGACAGUGAGGGCGAGUAUCUCGACGCGGAGGAUGAAAAACCUCAAACUACAGAAGAAUGCGAACGGAUCCCACUCAAAGAACAAAAGACAAAUAUGAGCAUCAGGCGGAGAGGCCGGCCGAAGAUUUCGAUGGCGCAGCUGAAGAAAAUCAGUUUGGCGCCCGAAGAGAGUCUGUCUCGUCGAACCACUGUGGAGCAGAAGGCCCUCCUCACGUCAAUGUCUCGAUUUUCGAAGAAGAUUCGCGAGGGAACGAUUGACGUCUGGUGGCUGUAUGAUGAUGGAGGGCUUUCACUGCUGAUUCCGCAUCUCUUAACGAUUCCAAAAUCGUAUUUGGAGGGCGCCAAGCUUCGUGUCUUCUCCAUUUCGACGUCGAGACAUACGAUGGAGGCUGAGCAGCGAGGACUCGUCGCUUUGUUGACGAAGUUCAGAAUCGACUUCAGCAACGUGUCGGUGAUGUCGGACAUUGGGAAGAAGCCGAAACCGGAAACGCGUAAAACCUGGGAAAACCUGAUCGCGCCGUAUACGGUAGCCGAGGGAGAGGAGCGGGAAGGAGAUGGCUGGACCUCACCCUCAGAGCUGCAAGCCCAGAGGGACAAGACGUUCAGACAGCUCAGGAUUGGGGAGCUGCUGCAGGAGAACUCGAUGGGAGCGGAUUUGAUUGUGAUAACGCUUCCGGUUCCUCGUAAAGGAAUGGUUUCUCCUUCCCUCUACCUCUCGUGGCUGGAGAUGAUGACUCGCGGACUUCCUCCGACUCUCCUUUUGAGAGGCAAUCAACAGUCAGUGCUCACUUUUUAUUCU